AUAUAAAUAUAAAGAGUUAAAAAAAUGAAUAAAAAGGAUAAAACGAACUUGAGAGGUUCCUCCGAGUGAAUUUAAAUACUGGUCAAACCACCUUAGCAUUGAAGAUUAUUUUUCCAUGACGCAACGGGUUGUUUAUUUAAACGGCGAGUUAAUUUUAAUUAAAUCUUGAUAGUAAGAAUAUUAAAAUGUGCAAGAACAGUCAGUCGUAGCAGAUAUUUCGUUGAAUAUUAUUUAAUUUUGAGUAGAAAGUCCCAUGGAGCAGUUGAGCGAACACGACAAAAGUGUUUUGGAGGUGAUCUUUGAUCCGCUUCAGCUCAUGUCAUCCGGUCAAAAUUUAAACCAGCCGGAAGACCAAGUAACUGAUAAAAUAACAGAUCAAGAGAUUGUGGAGUUGGUGAAACGAGCGAUCGAGACAGCAGAAUCUGGAGAAUUAGAUAAAGCUCUUAAUUUUUUUGAUAAAGCGAUUGCCAAAGCUCCCGAUUGUCCGUCAAUUUUUAAUGAUCGGGCUCAAGCACUUCGACUUGCGGGCAGAGUUGAUGAGGCUUUGAAAGACUUGGAUCAAGCUGUGACAAUGAGUGGCGGCCGAGGGAAAGCCGGCACAAAAGCGCUGUGUCAGCGUGGGUUACUCCAUCGUCUCGAAGGCCGUGAAGAUGCUGCCAAAAGAGACUUUCAAGCAGCUGCCAACAAUGGAUCCGCGUUUGCGCGCAAUCAGUUGGUUAAUUUGAACCCCUACGCCGCAAUGUGUAACGCAAUGCUCAGAGAAAUUAGUUCUAAAUCAGUUCAGUUAUAAAUAAAAUACAAAUGCGUCGAUCGGGUUUGAAAUUUCCACCAACAUCAAGGAGUACAAUACAGAAAAAUAUAAUAUAAAAUAAAAUAGAUAAUAAUCUAGUGUCAUGUGUCGGAACCCCCCGUAGGACGCACGUGUUUUUGACAGCGGCAGCUGAUGCACGCAAGUUAAAAAUUAUUCUGACACAACAAAACUAACGGUCCCAGCUGUUGGAUCCUUCCUCAAUGUGUAUUCAGGAUUUAAAUAGCUCGGCCACAGAAGGUCACACAAAAUCUAUUCACUAAAAUAAAAUUUCUAGACAAGUUUUUUAAGAUCGGAAAAUUUUUAUUGAGCUCAGAGAGCCGAAAUAUUAAAAGGCUACUUCGAAAAACAGUCAGCCUUACAAAUUACUUAAAAUUUUAUUAUUAUUAUUACAUGAUUCCACGUAAUAUAUAUUUAUAUGUAAUAAAUAUAUAUUUAUAUUUAUAUAAUAUAUAUUAAUACAGUUAAUAAUUAUCAUUGGACUUGUCACAUAAAAAUAUAAAUAAUAAAUCUAUCGUUUAUUAAUCAAUCUAAUGCACCUACCCAAGUAUUUUUAAAUUUCAUGUUAAUUCUUUAAUUACUUUUUCCUGAGGCGUAAAUUAGGGAGUGUUUUUUAGCGUAAUCAAUUAGCGUCAACAAUUACUUGCGAUUUGUACAAGAUUUUUCUUAUAAAUUAUUUCAUUUCAUCAAUAAUGUCAUAUAUAUA